AUGGCUUCCAACGUUCCUUAUUCUAAAGAAGAGCUAAUAGCAUUCUUUACCAACAUGCAAAAUCAAAGCAGGGUACAAGUUAACUGGCGAACAGGGGCAGCUUCUGCCGAAACAGAGGCCUCAGCAUUGGUCGAUGAUGAAAAUUCAGCUGUUUACUUAGCUAAUGUUUCUGAGGGCAGUGAAGACGCUGACAGAAGUUUUGAUGAAAUGUUUGUUGAAGAUGUACGGUCGUACAAAUGCAUAUGGGACACUAGCUGCAGGGGUUUCAAAGAUACCCAGAUGAAACAGAAAGCUUGGGAGGAAAUUGCGGAAAAGUAUGGGAGGAAUGUUGGAGAUUUAAAGAAGAUUUGGAAAAACUUCAAAGAAAACCUUUCCAAAUGCUCAAAAAAGAGAGACUUGAUGACACGAUCUGGUGCUGCUGCAAGCUCACUGCCUGAAUGUAAGCUUUUUCACCAGCUACAAUUUCUUAGGGAUAAAGUAACAAAUCGGCCUACAGUCAGCAACUUGCCACAGGAAAGUGCCCCUACGCAAGAAAUUCUGGGAAAAAGCUUGGCAUCGCCUGUUAGUCCUGUCCCUUUUGCCCAAAGUCCUGCAUCAAGCCUGGAAUCAAUGAGCACUAUACCAGGGAAACGAAAAAGAAAAGCCACAACACUACCUCAAAGAAAACUAUUAAUUUCAGAUGAUGAGCAUCCCGAUAAACUUCUAUACGAAGCAUUAAAAGGAGAAAAUAGAGUAGAAGUUGAUGCUGACCAGAGUUUUGCAAACAGUAUUGUUCCAAUUUUAAGGAACCUCCCUCCAAGAAAGAACAGACAAGCCAAAAUAGAAGUUCAGCAAUUGUUGCUUAAAUAUGAAUUUGACGAUGAUGAGUUCUAA